CCGGGUGUCCCAACGAAGGCUCCAUUUACAUUAUGCAAAAGCCCCACCCCGGCUGCCUGGAGAGGGAAAGUCAGAUACCCUGAGUCCAAGGCCACCUCUCCGGAAAUCCACCUAGGAUUUUUUUUUCCUGCAGAGAAAGCUCCAGGAUUGACGUUUUAAACAAAACCAGUCUAUUUGCAUGCAUUUGUCUUUGAGCUGAAGGGAGCAACCCUGUUUAUAACAAGGCGAAAUCGGGAUGAUUUACUCAGAAUUUCAAUUUCAGGAUACUGAGGACUGGGGUGGGUGUGUGGAGUUGCAAGUUUAACUCAAAGCCUUGUCUCACUGGGUCAACUGAGGCCCAGGUAAAAGGUUUUAAAAUCCUCAGCUCCCAGAGAGCAACUUUCCACACCCUGUUCCUCAAGGCCCCCAGAGAAGAUGUGUUCCAGCCUUCCUCUGCCCGCCCCCAAAUACCAGGGCUCUCUUUCUGAGCCAGGUGAAGCCACAGGCAGCAGUGCAAGGACAGAACCCACAACCGUCCAGAGGAAGGGCCAGUGGGUGCCACCUGGUUUGCACCUGUGCCUUUACCCUGCCCGGUUCCUGAGGAGGACUGCAGCCCCAGACGCUGGAGGCAAACAGCCCGCUUCCUAUAACUGGGUUCCAGUCCCACCCCUUUCAAAGGCAUGAAACUGGGAAGCAUGGGCAGCUGCCGACCAUUCUAGUUAAACGGCCCGGCCUGGUCCCAGGGCGCGGCGCGGCCAUGCCAGGUGCAGGGAGGUCUGGCCAGCAUGUUACUCUGGGGGGCGCGCUUCAUCGGCCUGCAGCUUUUCCUCUCCUGCUGCUGGGCUUUCAGCUGCCACGGCACCGCGUCCUCCUCUGACUUCAGCCUCCCUGGGGAUUACCUGCUUGCGGGCCAGUUUCCUCUCCACAGUGACCAUCUAGGGGUGAGAUGCAGACCCACAGUGACCUUCUGUGACAGGCCUAGCACCUUCAAUGGCCACGGCUACCACCUCUUCCAGGCCAUGCAGUUUGGCAUCGAGGAGAUAAACAACUCCACCGCCCUGCUGCCCAACGUCACCCUGGGGUACAAGCCGUACGACGGGUGCUCGGAGUCAGCCAACGUGUUUGCCACGCUGAGCCCGCCAGGGACGCGCUACGUGGAGAGCCAAGGAGACCCUGCCCACUACUCCCCUGCGAUUGUGGCGGUGAUUGGGCCCGACGCCAGCAACUAUGUUGCCACCACUGCAGCCCUGCUGAGCCCCUUCCUGAUGCCCCUGAUAAGCUGCUCUGAUGCCAGCAGCGUGAUGCUCAGCGUGAAGCGGCUCUGCCCCUCUUUCCUGCGCACCAUCCCAAGUGAUAAGCGCCAGGUGGAGAUCUUGAUGCUGCCGUCUCGGAGGUUCGGGUGGGUCUGGAUCUCCAUGGUGGGCAGUGAAGGUGACUACGGGCAGCUAGGGGUGCAGGCGCUGGAGGACCAGGCCACCCAGCAGGGCAUCUGCGUUGCCUUCAAGGACACUGUGCCUUUCUCUACCCAGCCGGGCGAUGAGAGGAUGCAGAGCGUGAUACACUGCCUGGCCCGAGCGAGGACCGCGGUCGUGGUCGUUUUCUCCGGCAGGCAGCUGGCCAGGGUGUUCUUUGAGUCCGUGGUGCUGGCCAAGCUGACUGCCGAGGUGUGGAUCGCCUCAGAAGACUGGGCCAUCUCCAGACACAUCAGCAACGUGCCUGGGAUCUGGGGCAACGGCACAGUGCUGGGUGUGGCCAUCCCACAGAGGCGUGUCCCCGGCCUGAAGGAGUUUGAAGAGCCCUAUGUCUGGGCAGACAAAGGAGCCCUUGGGCCUUGCCUCAGGGGCUCCUGGUGCAGCAGCAACCAGCUCUGUAGAGAGUGCUGGGCUUUCACGGCACAGAAGAUGCCCACACUUGGAGCAUUCUCCGUGAGCUCCGCCUACAACACGUACCAGGCUGUCUAGGCCGUGGCUCACAGCCUCCACCAGCUCCUGGGCUGCGCCUCUGGAGUCUGUUCCAGAGGCUGGGUCUACCCCUGGCAGCUUCUGGAGCAGAUCCUCAAGGUGAAUUUCCUUUUACAAAAGGACAUUGUGACAUUUAAGGACAAUGGCGACCCCCUCAGCAGUUAUAAUGCCUGGGGCUGGAGUGGCCCCAACUGGACCUUCAGGGUCGUCGGCUCCUCCUUUUGGUCUCCAGUUUGGCUAGACAUAAAUACGAUCAAAAUCCGGUGGCAUGGAAAGGACAACUGGGUGCCUCAGUCUGUGUGUUCCAGCGACUGUCCUGAAGGGGACCAGAGAGUGAUCAUGGGCUUCCACCACUGCUGCUUCGAGUGUGUGCUCUGUGAGUCCGGGACCUUCCUCAACAAGAGUGACCCCUACAGCUGCCAACCUUGUGGGAAAGAAGAGUGGGCACCCGAGAGAAGCCAGACCUGCUUCCCAUGCACCGUGGUGUUUCUGACUUGGCAUGAGCCCAUCUCUUGGGUGCUCCUGGCAGCUAAUACGCAGCUGCUGCUGCUCGUGGCUGGGACUGCUGGCCUGUUUGCCUGGCACCUAGACACGCCUGUGGUGAGGUCGGCUGGAGGCCGGCUGUGCUUCCUCAUGCUGGGCUCCCUGGCGGGGGGCAGCUGCGGCCACUAUGGCUUCUUUGGGGAGCCCACUCUGCCCACAUGCCUGCUGCGCGAAGGCCUCUUUGCCCUUGGUUUUGCCAUCUUCCUGUCCUGCCUGACGAUCCGCUCCUUCCAACUUGUGUUCAUCUUCAAGUUUUCUGCCAAGGUACCCACCUCCUUCCGUGCGUGGGUCCAAAACCACAGUGCUGGCCCGUUGGUGGUGAUCAGCUCAACAACCCAGCUGCUUAUCUGUCUAACGUGGCUUGCGGUGUGGACCCCACUGCCUCCCAGGGAAUACCAGCCCUUCCCUCAGCUGGCGGUGCUUAACUAAACAGAGGCUAACCUACCGGGCUUCAUGCUGGCUUUCGCCUACAAUGGCCUCCUCUAGGUCAGCGCCUUUGCCUGCAGCUACCUGGGCAAGGACCUGCCAGAGAACUACAGCGAGGUCAAAUGUGUCACCUUCAGCCUGCUCCUCAACUUCAUGUCCUGGAUCGCCUCCUUCACCAUGGCCAGUGUCUACCAGGGCAAGCACCUGCCUACGGUCAACAUGCUGGCCAAGACGAGCAGCCUGAGUGGCGGCUUCAGCGGUUAUUUCCUCCCCAAGUGCUAUGCGAUCCUGUGCCGCCCAGAUCUCAACAGCACCGAGCACUUCCAGGCCUCCACCCAGGACCACACCAGGCGCUGUGGCUCCACCUGACCAGUGGAUCCGGCAGGGUCAAGCCGGGGCAGGGUGGACUGGAAGUCUCCACUGCUCUCAGGGUUGAAGGUGGAAUGGGGCGCCCAGGACCUGGGGUGUCCGGGAGGCCUCUGGGCUCCUCAGCCUUGGCUUGGGAAGUGUAAGCCCACGGGAGAGCUCAGUCCGGGCUGCGCUGGCUGCCAAUA